CCGAGUUUGUCGAUGAAGUUGAAGUAGAUGAUUGAUCAUUGAAUUUUUGAUAAGUUUGUGUACAUAAAAGUUAAAAAUAUUCGAAUAUUUCCAAAAACUGUUUUUAUACGCAUUACUUGGAGAGGAAAUUUUAAUGCUGAAAUGUUAUCGCAGUCUAAAUGAAAUAUAUGUGAAUUAUAUCGAAAACUCAUAGGUACAUGGAUAAGGAUGGAAUUACAUACGGGAGUUUGUGGAAUUUGUAGAUCUAAAAGUUUAGUUUUAAAUUCCGAAGAUUCUGAGAAAUAUCAAAAUCUUAUAUGGAGUCACUUCCAAAAUGAGUUUAUUAUUCCAAAUCAAUCGAAACCUAACCUCAGUUUUUGUACAACAUGUAUUUAUCAUAUUACAUUAAUAAAUUCAAAGAAGGAUUACUUCCUACAUAGGACUGAUAAUGAAGAAAUAGAAACAAGUGGAAAAUGUGAAUUGUGUAAAGAAACUAUUGAAGUUUUCUCAACAACAGAUUCAGCAGUUUUGAAUAAGUGCAAGCCAUGGAUUUCUGAAGAAAAAAGAGUUCUACUCUGUGCCAGUUGUUUUUUUCUAAUCGAAAUUAGACAUAUACUCAAGGAUUUCUGUUUGCUUAAAUUGUCUCAGAAGGAUGACCAAGAAAACCAUACACCAAAGCAAAGAGGUCCAAUAUCACGAAGGAAAUCCUUCCAUGAAGCUCGAAUUAAUUCACAAGUAGAAUCAGUAGCCUCAACUUCCUAUGAAAGAAAAACUGAGGAACCUACUUCAAGUAAUCCCAUCGAAUCAAGUACAAUAUAUGGUGUUCAUUCUACUCCAAUUCAGGGUAAAAAAAGGAGGAGGAGUAAGAAUCUUGAAGAGUUACUGGAUGAGGAAUCAAAAAACUUGAAAGAGGAUAUUCAAAAGAAUGCAGUUUACACAAAGAACGAACUGACAGGAUAUAAUCUCUCAAAUAUUUUAAAUUUUUCCCCCCUCUGCAAUUCUAAUAUUCGUAUCAAGGAUGAAUAUAAGAAAGAUAAGAAAAUGUAUAACUUCAUACCAUUUGUAAAAAUGAAUAACUUAGAAAAUAAAAGCACAGAGAUGGAUCAAUGUAAUUACGUUUGUAGUUUGGUAUCACAAAGACCAAUGAUAAGAGUUAGACGAACACCACCCAUAAAGAUCAAGUCAAUUAAAAAUAUAUUUUCCUCGAAAGAGAAAAAAAAUACAGCAGUGUCAAAAGAUAAACAAAAGUCCAUAUCAUCCUCUAAAGAAGAACUGUCUAAAUACAAACUUGUAGUAAUGGUGGAAAGAAUGAAAUUGCCAGCAGUCGAGUCCCCUGAAGAUGUUGUGACUUGCAAAGCAGAAGGCGAGAAUAUCAUUUCUAAAGAGGCAGCUACACCUAAGAAAAAGAAACGAGUGCACUUCAACGAUACUCCGACAAUUAUAAUCACUGAUGAUGUUUGCAGUGAUGAUUUUGAGCAGAGAAAUAAGUUUGAUGAAAGUAAAAACAAAAAUAUCCGAAGUAUAAUGGUUGCCGAACAAAGAAAAGUGGAUGACGUGGAAAAGUCAGAUGAAAACACCAAGAAUAUUGAUGAACAAUCAGACAGUGAAGAACUUAUAUCAUUGUCUCUUGACUAUGGAAGUGAUGAUGAAUCAAACAAAGAUAACGAGAAUUAUUGCUCGAACAAUGUUGAAGAAGAGGAGAUAGUAGAAAAUAAAGGAGAAAAUUCCUUAGAAAAUGGCGAAGAAGAUACCAGUGAGAAUCUUGAAUUGAACUGUGUUGAACAAGGCAACAAUGAAAAUCUUCUAGAAUAUAAUGAAGAAAUCAACAAUGAAGAUAAUGGUGACAAUAAAAAUGAAGAAGAAGAUACUGAAGAUCCUGAAAAUGCUGAAAAAAACCAUGAAGACACCGAUAAAGCAGACAACAGUAGUAAUCAAAAAGAAGAGGAAAGUUCAGAAGAUGAGAGGGAAAAAAAUUCUUCAUCAGAAACAAUAGUUGUUGAGGCUGAUUCGAGUGAAAAAAUUCCAGAUUCUCAAGGAACUGAAGAUGAAUACUUCAAUGAUGUCCUUACUCAAAUAGACCAACUUGAAGAUGCUUUAAUUGAUGAUAAUACAAGUAAAAAUGAAUCAGUUGAAAAACUAGAUUGUGAUGAGAGCACUGAGGAAGGUAAAGAUAAUCUUGAAAAUGAAAAAGACAGCUUAGAUGGGUUUGAAGUUGUUGAUGAAGAGAAUGAAGAGAUAGGUCUUCGAGGAUUUGGUGGAAAUGAUUCGAAUGACCUGAGCAAUCAUGUUGAGGAAUCUCCUGAAAAAUCUAUUGAUGAAAAAAUGGAGGAAAUUCAUGAUGACGGUAAAGAGGAGUUAAAUGAGAAUAAAAAUGAUAAUAUUUCUUUAGACAGUGGGGAAAAAAUAGAAGCUAAGGAUAGUUUUGAUGAAAUUGACUUGUUACUGAAUAAAUAUUGUGGAGAAAAUUCAGAAGAAGUAUUGACAGAAACUGACCAAGUAGCAUCUGUAACAAAUGAAAAUGAAAAAGAAACUGAAACUCUUGAUGGUGAGCAAGUGAUUCCUGAAGGAUGUGGAGGGAUAGAGCAUUUGAAAUCCUCAGCAAAUAGUGGUCCGAUUUCUGAAACAUCAGAUGAAGAUUUCGGCUCAUUGAUUGACGAAGUUCAGAAAUGCCUGUUAACAUCUACAAAGGAAUCACUCGAUAAGACAGAGGAUAUAGAAAAUCAGAAAGGUACAAAGCCAAACACCCCAAACCUAUUGGAUAUAUUGAAUAGCUCUUUCGAUGAAACUACAUCUUCACCAAAGGAAAAUAUAAAUAGUAAUAAAAACUUGAAAAGAAAGAGCUCUGAUGAUGAAAUUGAAAAGCCAGAUCAUAAACGAGGAAAAAUGGAAAAUUCUUGAACGGUUGAUAUAGUCAUAGUUGCUAAGUAUCAUUCAUUAUUGUUUUGUUUCUCUUUAAGUUGACACUUAAACCAUAUUUAUAUUAUAACUGUUUAUUAUUUUUUCUAAAUUCAAAAUGUAAAAACUAGUUAUUGUUUUUCCAUUAAACAGGAUUCUGUGAUU